CCGCGGGGCUCGGGUUUCCCCUGAGCCUGCCCCGGUGACGCCGCCUGUCCCCACAGCUCCGCCACAGCCCGGCCACCGACAUGCUGACCCGGGCCACGGGCUGACCCCCGGCUGCCGGGUCACGCAGUCACGGCGUGUCCUGAGCUGCAGGGACCGCCAGGAUCAUCAGCCCUGCCCCGUGUCCCUGCACAGCAUCACCCCCAGCAUGGAGCCGGCUCCGGAGCUGAAGAGGAAUAGUUUUCCCAGCAUGAACUUUGAAGCAGAGAUUCUGACAACUCCAUGUGAUGAUUCAGAGCUCUACAUGAUCCCUUCCAUGAGAAGCCUCACAGCUGAGGAGUAUGUGGAGGCCUUCAAGUCAUUCUUGGAUCACUCAACAGAGCACCAGUGCAUGGAUGAGUUCAACAAGGAGCAAAUGCCCAACAUCGUGGCUGGCCUUGGCCCUGGAAAAUCCACCAUCAAUGUUCUGGGAGUUGGGAGUGGCACAGGUGAGCAGGAUUUGAAAAUGAUCAGGAUACUGCAGGCUGUGCACCCAGGGGUCUCUAUUGACAAUGAGAUUGUGGAGCCCAACCCACAGCACGUGGCAGCUUACAAAGAGCUGGUGAAUCAAGCUCCAGACCUGCAGAAUGUUUCUUUUAUUUGGCACCAGCUCACUUCCUUGGAGUAUGAACAGCAGGUGAAGGAGAAAGGCACACAUAAGAAAUUUGACUUCAUCCAUAUGAUCCAGAUGCUGUACCGUGUAGAGGAUAUUCCCAAUACUAUCAAGUUUUUCCACAGCUGCCUCGACCAUCACGGUAAACUCCUGAUCAUAAUUUUAUCAGACAGCAGCGGAUGGGCCAGCCUGUGGAAGCGGCACCGGGACUGCCUGCCCGCCACCGACAGCGGCCACUACAUCACCUGCGGCGGCAUCACCGAGGCGCUGCGGCGGCUGGGGGUGCAGCACCGCGUCUACGAGCUGCCCUCGGGCUGGGACAUCACCGAGUGCUUCAGCGAGGGGGACGCGGUCGGGGGCCGCAUGCUGGAUUUCCUGACGGGCACAAAAAACUUCCAGGGCACGGCCCCGCCGGCGCUGCGGCGGCGGCUGCGGGAGGCUCUGCGGCAGCCCGAGUGCAGCAGCACCAGGGACGGCAGGGUCAUCUUCAGCAACAACCUCAGCAUGAUCGUCGUGGACUCCUAGAGCCCGCAGCCUGCCCGGACUUGGGGUUUUUUAAUGUGUCCUGUCUGUGCUUUCACCGGGAUUUCCACUUUUCUGUGCGGCCAGCGUGUUUUACACACCUACAGACCGAUCUGCACCGCCUCUGCAGCUGGGAGGAUGUUAUAAAUAUUAAAUAUAAAAAUUAUAUGCUAUAAGAUUGGCUUUUCGCAAAAUAUCAAAAUGAAUGUUAUAUAUAUAUAUAUAUAUAUAUUGUUAAAGUUGUUUUGCUGUAGUUUUUAUUUUAACUAAAUUUAGGCAUAGUAGUGGAAUGGCUGAUAGUUAUGAUUAGUUAUGAUGAGUUAUAUGUAUUAUACUUGAACUGUCUGCCUGUCUGAGAUAACAGCCAGUGAACAUAUGAUGAGGACCCCACUGAUGACAGGCCAGUUAUCGACACCCAGCAUCUGUGGGGAGAAUGGACCAAGGCCCAAACUGAAGGUGAUAGUGAAGAUAGAAAUGUGCUCUAAAAAGAGGGAGUGGCCAUGCAAAACAGUUCUUGGAAAAGUUUAAAAAUGCAUAAUUGUUUAUGAAUAUGCAACAGGCUGGUGCAAUUGAAACGGUAUAUAAAGGAUGUGUCCAAAACAGCAGGUGUGCUCUUGGCAGAAUGCCAAGCACCCAGCCAUUUUAUUGUCUUUGUCUCCUAUUGUCUUUUUUAUUAAACCUUUUAGAAUUUACCAGGAAAAGUGAACGUUUUUCUUCACAAGAAGGUGGCAGCCCCUGUGCUGGCUGUGUACAGGCUUCCAUGUGUGCCAGGACAAAACCAGCAAGGUGUCCCUGCUGCUUUGCACCCAGGUAAUGUCACUGCACCCAGGCCUGAGCUGUAAGUUGCUCUGCACUAGGCUAUUCCACGUGGUUUUAUCAGGCAUUUACUGACCCAAGUCUCUCAGCGUCUCACAGUAUAGAGAUGUCUUAAAAAUUUAUCAGCCUUUUGGUUUGGAAAAUAUUUUGGAGCCCAGGAUGAUACUUGCACUGUGCUCAUUCAGGCAGACAUUAAUUUUGUUAUUUUCUUACUACUGCUUGUCUCCGUAUAAAAUAAAAGCAAUCUUAA